AUGGAUUGCAAUAAUUUUCGUAAAUAUAGCCCAGACCAAGUUGAGGAUCAUUUAUAUGCAAAUGGAAUGGCUAAGGAUUACACUAAGUGGACAGAUCAUGGAGAAAAUGACGAUGAUUUUGAACUAGAAGAUGACAUUUUGGAAUCUGAAAAUGAAGAGAAUGUUGAUGUUGUAGUUGAAAUGUUUAAUGAAUUCCAAGCUCAUGAUGAUAGGGAAUCUCAAAAACUUGUCCCUAUUAUGGAAGAAAAUAAGUUUAGACGAUUGAUGAGGGAUGCAGAGCAAGAAUUAUAUCCUGGUUGUCGAAAAUUCUCUAAAUUAUCCUUCAUUGUAAAGCUGCUUCAUUUAAAGAUAAUGUUUCAUGGUAGCAACAAGUUCUUUUCAGCAUUGCUUGAGUUAGUGAAAGAGGCAUUAUCUGAUGGAAAUACAUGUCCUAGAUCUCAUUAUGAAUCAAAGAAGAUUAUACGAGACUUGGGUCUUAGUUAUGACAAGAUCAAUGCAUGUAAAAAUGAUUGUGUACUCUUUUGGGAGGAGUAUGAAGAUAAAUUGGAGUGUCCGAUAUGUCAGGAACCUAGGUACUCUUUUGAUAAUGGGAAGAAGAAGAUUCCCCAGAAAAUCUUGAGAUACUUUCCAUUAACUCCAAGGCUGCAAAGAUUAUUUAUAUCGAAGAAAACGGCUGUAGAUAUGAAAUGGCACAAGGAUAAACGACCAGAUAAUGAGUAUAUGAGGCAUCCUGCUGAUUCUCAAGUGUGGAAGGACUUUGAUCUAAAGCAUGAGUCAUUUGCUAUGGAUUCUCGCAAUGUUAGGCUUGGAUUAUCAUCUGAUGGCUUUAAUCCAUUUGGUAAUUUAAGUACCUCUUAUAGCAUGUGGCCUGUUUUUCUUGUUCCAUACAAUCUUCCGCCGUGGAAAUGCAUGAAAGAUCCAUACUUCAUGAUGUCAUUGCUUAUUCCUGGACCAAGAGCUCCUGGAAAUGACAUUGACGUGUUUCUACAAUCGUUAAUCAAAGAAUUAAAGCAAUUAUGGGAGGUUGGGGUUGAUACAUAUGAUGCUGGUUCUGGACACAAUUUCCGUUUAAGAGCUGCAUUAUUGUGGACAAUAAACGACUUUCCUGCAUAUGCAAAUUUUUCUGGAUGGAGUACCAAAGGAAAAAUGGCGUGUCCUACUUGCAAUGACCAGACACCUCAUCAAUGGUUGAACAAUUGGCAAAAAAUUGUAUAUUAUGAUCAUCGUCGUUUUCUGCCACAAAAUCACAGAUUCAAAAAAAAUUUGGAGUUUAAUGGUAAAGUUGAGAAGAGAUUAAAACCUGCUUUAUUAUCAGGGGAUGAUGCGGUUCGCCAAUUGACUCAUGUUUCACAACCAUGUUUUGGAAAGGGGAAGAAGAGAAAGCGUUGUGCUGAUCAUUUGAAUUGGAAAAAACGAAGCAUUUUCUUUUACUUACCCUAUUGGCACACACUCAAGCUACGCCACAAUCUUGAUGUAAUGCACAUAGAAAAAAAUAUUUGUGAUAAUAUUUUGGGUACAUUGAUGGACACUGAAGGUAAGACGAAGGACUCAUAUAAGACUCGUCUUGAUAUGGAAGAGAUGGGCAUCAAGUCUGAUUUACACCCUAAAUGUAUUGAUGGUGUGAUUAAGUUUAGACCAGCAUAUUACACUUUUAAUACAGAUGAGACGAAGGGUUUUUGUGAGUUCUGUAGUUGUACGAAACUUCCAGAUGGCAUGGCUUCAAAUAUCUCUAAUUGUGUGAACAGUGCUGAUUCUAAGAUUUAUGGUUUGAAAAGUCACGAUUGCCACAUUAUAUUGCAGCGACUUCUUCCUGUUGCCUUGCGUGGGUACUUGUCUAAAGAUGUUCGUGAUGUCAUUAUAAAAUUAUGUUUAUUCUUUAAGGAGUUGACUUCCAAGACUUUGAGAUUGGAUGUUUUAGAAAGACUAGAUAAGGAUAUUGUUGUACUCCUAUACAAGUCAGAGUUGAACUUCCCACCCUCAUUUUUCAACAUUAUGACUCAUUUGCCAAUUCACUUGGCUUAUGAGGCCAUACUUUCUGGACCAGUACAAUACCGAUGGAUGUUUCCAUUUGAGAGAAAAAUGCAUAACUUAAAGGAUUAUUGUAGAAACAAAGCCCAGCCCGAAGGAUCAAUUGCGGAAGGUUAUUGUGAUUGUGAAUGCCUGACAUUUUUCUCCACGUACUUUCGUGAUGUUGAGACAAAGUUUAACCAAGUAGACAGGAACCAUGAUGUAAGUGAGAGAAGGAUGGGUUCAUCUGUUUUCACACAGAAUGUUAAGUUGUUAAAGGGAGCAGUUGAUGAUGUUCUUAGCCUAACUGACUUUGCAAGGAUUCGAUGGUAUGUGCUGAAUAAUUGCGAUGAAGAACAUAAAGCAGAACUUGAGAGGCAAAAUAUUCCAAACAUAGGAAAAGAACAACAACAGAAGUUUCAUAAAUGGUUUUUACGACGUGUUCAACAGAUGCAAGUUGAGGGUUCAACAGAAGAUGUUGAAUCCUUACUAAACUUGGCCAGUGGACCUCAGCAUGAAGUGGCACGAUAUAGUGCGUGUAUAAUGGUGGUCAUUUUCAAGUGUGAUUGGCUGGACCUCAAUGCAAGAAGGGGAAUUCAAGUUGAUGAGAACCAGUUUACAAGUGUUAAUUUUACCAAAAAAUGGUAUAUGAAUGAUCCAUUUGCAUUGGCAUGUCAAACACAGCAGGUAUACUAUUUGAAAGAUACAAAGCAUGGUAGUAAUUGGCGUGUUGUAGAAAGGUCGCUGCCUAGAGGGAUGUAUGAUUUUACAGAAAAAGAAACUGAAGUGGUUGAUGUUGGAGAGACGUCAUUACAUAGAGAUGACAUAGAAAUGAUCGUUGUUGAUUUGAAUGCUAAAGAUAGCGAUGCAGAAGAUGGCGACUUUAAUGAUGAAGAUAAUGAGUUGAUGUCUUAUGAUGAUAUCAAGGGCGACUCUGCGUAA